AUGUCAGUUGGCAAGAGAGGACGGCGACCGAAAUUGAUGUUGUCUCACUAUACUAACAUCUUUUACAGCUCCGAUCCUGCGCUUGUUCGAAGAUUCGCCACUGCUUCCAAAACCGUUGCCCAUGUCUCGGCUCACCGAUACUCAGAGUAUCCCAUUCACCCACCUCCUCCAAUCUCAACAGUCACUACCGCCGUCCUGGUGACCCAUUGCUGCGCCUUCCAAAGCACUACGGACACCCUCUUGAAUCGAAGCCCUCAGAGGGCAUUCGGGCGGAUCGUUGGAUCUCAUGAUGGCUCUGGUCCUUAUGCGCAAAUUGCAGCUUUGACCCCUGGCGUACACCGGUUGGUGGACCGUUUUGCUCCGGGAACGCAAAGACAUGAUGAGUCUAUAGCUCACUGGAAGUCUUUGAUCACUAAGGACCAUCUUUAA